CAGCUUAGAAUUUUUUUCUGAAAAUUUGAAACUUUUGAAGCUGUAAAACAAUUAAGACAGCUGCAAAAUGGUUGCAAACGUGACACUCGCUGCCAUCGAAACUGGGUUCUGGGACGAGUUCGUGUUGCCGCUUGGGGAGAUAGAGACAGAGAGUGUGUUGCAACUGAGGCUGAUGAUGAUCAUCUGGCUGUCCCUUGCAGUCUCACUCGGCAUUCCUGGAAAUCUGAUGGUGAUCUUCUCGAUCGCCCUUGUGAGACAUCUGCGUGAACUGCACCACCUGUUCGUGGCCAAUCUGGCCCUGUUCGAUCUGGGCAACAUGGGCAUGUUCUGCUUCAUGCUCUACGGGGCCAUCUUCGGAGGGGAGUUCCUGGCCACCCACAGAGUCAUCUGUGAACUGUCUGCCAUCCUGUGCAUGAUGAGUUGCUUCGGCAGUCUCUGGACCAUGAUGUUUGUGGCAAUCAACAGAUUAAUUGAGUUCCAAAGCUGA